AGUAGGAUUUUUUAGUUUUCGGCUCUCACAUUGGCAAGUGCACACAUAUUUUGGAGAUAGAAAUUCUAAAAAAUUACCCUAGUUUUUGAUCUACGCUGCGAAAAAGACCAAGAUACGAGAAUGUGCCCGAGGACUCGUUGGGGACGGAUCGAUCCCAGUGUGGAGGUCAACUUGGUGCACGGACCGUCGAGCAAGGUUAUCAAGCUUGACAACCAAACGCUGCCACGACGUGUCGAGCAGCAGCUCCUUCUAAUGGCCUCGCCGUCGCCGUUCCUCAAUUUUAUGAAUAAAUUUCGCUUGGACGAGAUCCUGAUUAACCAUCAGUACAAGGGCGUCUACAGCAUGCGCACCGCGGCCACCAUUACCGAGCUGGCCAUCUACACGUGGAACGUGAUGUCCAUCUCCGAUCGCCAGCCGUACAUCCGGUUGGCCCGGUUGGCGCAGCAGAUUCAGCAAUCGCGGAAGCUGCGCUUUCUGGGCCACAGCAGUCGGUCGGUGACCAAGAGGAAUCCACAAUGUCCCAUUGUUGUUUAGGACAGUCUUGGUUUUUGUUUAGUAGCAUACAAAAGUUUUGAAUAAACAUAAAUUCUUCCAUU